CAUGUAAUGUGCACCGAAAGUACGGAUUACCAGCAGUUUCCAAUAUGGCGCAAACCAGCAGUACAGUUUCAGACAUGGGUUCCAUGGGCGACACGAGUGCUGUCGAGACGAAGGAUGUUAUUGUUAACGAGAAAACGCCCCUUCCGGGAAUCAGUGAAAAAGACAAGUUGAGAGCGGAAGAACUGAAGAACAAGGCGAACGAAUUUUUCAAAGCACAAGAUUUCCAGAAUGCUAUCAUCUACUACUCACAAGCAAUAGAAGCCAACCCACUGGUAGCAGCAUACUACGGUAACCGCAGCUUUGCUUAUCUCAAGACAGAAUGCUUCGGUCUUGCAUUAGAAGAUGCCAGCGAGGCAUUAGCCAUCGACAGAUCAUACAUCAAGGGGUACUACAGACGGGCUACAGCGAAUAUGGCUCUUGGGAAAUUCAAGAAGGCGGUCAAGGAUUAUGAAACGGUAAUGAAAUACAGACCGAAUGACAAGGAUGCCAAGUUGAAGUUCACAGAGUGCAGCAAGAUUGUCAAGCGGCAGGCUUUUGAGCGGGCAAUCAGAUCGGACGACUCCAAGAAGUCGGUAGUGGAAAGCUUGGACAUCGAAAACAUGGUUUUAGAAGACGACUACGACGGACCCAAGUUUGAGAAUACAGUGAGCAAGGAAUUCAUGGUGGAUCUAUUAGAACAUUUCAGACAACAGAAGAAAGUUCACAGAAGAUAUGCAUACACGAUAUUAGUACAAAUCAACAAACUGUUCAGGAAGCUGCCGUCAUUAUGUGACAUUACCAUUCCAGAGGGGGGCAAGUUCACAGUAUGUGGGGACAUCCACGGCCAGUUCUACGAUCUCUUAAACAUCUUCAAGCUCAACGGUCUCCCAUCAGAAGACAAUCCUUAUCUAUUUAAUGGUGACUUUGUAGACAGGGGGUCCUUCUCAGUAGAAGUUAUUCUGACAUUGUUUGGUUUCAAGCUUCUCUACCCAGAUCACUUUCAUUUAUCAAGAGGUAACCACGAGAGCGAGACCAUGAACCAGAUGUACGGUUUCUACGGCGAGGUGAAGGCCAAGUACACGUCACAGAUGGCCGAUCUCUUCACGGAGGUCUACAACUGGCUCCCGCUGGCCCAGGUCAUCAAUCAGAAAGUCAUGGUGAUGCACGGCGGGCUGUUCAGUGCUGACAACGUGACGUUAGACGACAUCAGGAAAGUAGAACGGGACCGGCAACCACCAGAAACGGGUAUCAUGUGUGAGCUUCUAUGGUCGGAUCCCCAGCCCCAGCCCGGCAGGGCACCGAGCAAACGAGGCGUUGGGUGCCAGUUUGGACCCGACAUCACAAAACGGUUCUUAGAAUCCAAUAAUCUAGAAUACGUUAUACGAAGCCACGAAGUGAAAGCGGACGGCUACGAGGUUGCACACGAUGGGAAAUGUAUAACAGUCUUCUCAGCCCCCAAUUAUUGUGAUACAAUGGGUAACAAAGGUGCUUUCAUUACGAUGGGUACAGAUCUGAAGCCAAAGUAUACCACUUACGAAGCAGUUCCACAUCCAGAUGUACGACCAAUGGCAUAUGCAAAUGCCAUGUUUGGUUUUAUGUAAUGCUAUAUCCUUCAGGGCCUUCUUCUGUGACAUGUCAGUGAGAUCUGCAGAGCCAGCCUCAUUCCGUCAGCUUUACUUAAAGGGACUAUCUUGUAUGUGCACAAACUACAGAGGGCAGUGUUAUCAUGAGGAUGUCCUCUGGCAUGUGGUGUCUUUGCAUUGGUUUGUCUGUAAAAUCUUGCGAUGUCAUUGGUUGUUGGAAGCAUGCAAAUGAUUGGUAUAUGUAAAUCAUAGAGCUAUAUUAAAGUCUUCCAACUUGUACCAAAUAGGGAGAGACUUUCUGUUAAAUUGUUUGACAAGAGGGAGACACGGGGCAUUAGAGAAACAUUUGAAUGUCUUCCUUAUGUUUUUAACUACCAUAUCUAGAAGGAAUUUUAUCGUCGAAAGUUGCUUAUAACGAUUCCUUUAGUCGAGAAUAGUACAAGUGAAAAGUUUUGGUUUGGGAAAGUUUUUAGAAUUGGGGUUUUGGGAGGUUUUUUUGUUGGUGCACAAGUCUAUGGGAAUGUCUCCCAUUUUCGGUAAUUGUAAUUCCCAUAGUGCUAACUCAUCAAUUCCUCACGUAGAAUAUAUUUUGAAACGUUCUGGCUGCUGUCAUUUUGAAUUCAUGUGCAUGUUUGCAAAAUAUAUUGAAAUUAGAAUGGAAUUUUGCUUGAUGAGCUCUAAAUGCUAUACGGAUGUCAUUGGUGCGUUUUCUAUUAGUAAGAACAACAAUCACAAGUAGAGCAUAUGGGUGUUGAGGUUUUGCAUCCAUGUGACAUUAUCACCUAAACAAUGCAAGAUCCGCCAUUUUGGACGCCUAGCGUGCUCGAUCGAUCGUACAGUACAUGUACAUUGCAUUAUGCCUAAUGUGCAUGUUCUGCAGUAUUUUGUCAUGGUCAAUAUCCGAUUUUUCUCCCAAAAGUCGUCUGGUAAGCCCCAAAAUAUUGAACAGCAAGUAAAAUAUGAUGAACAAGCGUUAAUUUGAUGUGUGUCUCAAACGCCUUGGAGAGUUGCGAGUAUAUUUCCUGAAUUUCGGAAGUGGGCGUAUUUAUAAACGGUGUCUAUGGCAUUUUAUUUACUAGUCUGCAACUGUAGUCAAGCAAUAUGGCGGGCGUGUGUAUGACCACUGACCUGUGACAUCACGUGAGAUUCCACAAUUGUUUUGCGUUUCAGUUUGGGUCUGUAAGCUAUGUCCACAUUAUUUGUGUACAAAUGCAGAUAUGCAAGUAGCCGGACAAAAAUCUCUCCAUAGGUUUGUGCACGCACACGGAAGCAGUAAUUUAAUAUAGCUCUAUGAUGUGCAUACAAUUUAACAACAAAGUCCUUUAGAGCAGCAAAGUCACGAAUGACAUUCAUUGAUGGUGCUUUGUGGCACACUUGUGAGAAUUGAGGACAUAGCUUGGCACAUUGGGAUCGGAGUAGUGUGCAUAUGUUUAUGUUUGCAACCUGCCUUCUGCCAGAAAACAAAAUAUUGGUGGGUGGGGGUACAGUUUGGAUAGGUUUGCCAGGUGGAGAGCUGUGGUCCAAUGGUUAUGGAGUUCGACUCGUGUGCCAUGGUACGUGGGUUCGAACCCUGAGGUGGAACAUGGUGCUUGUGUUCUUGGGCAAGACUUUUUACUACAAUUGCCUCUCUCCACCGAGGAGUAUGAGUACCGGUACCUGUAAAGGUAGAGACUAGAAUGCGCUGAUCUCGAGCUGCUGCAGAGAGCACUAUAGCACCACAUUAUUUAUUACUAUAAUUGUUAA